AUGGCUGGAAGAGGAAUGACAUCAGCUGGACGUUUGAUUGAAAAUAUUUAUUGGUGAGUAUUUUUUGAAUAAAUUUCAAUUAUUGAAAAAAAAAGAAUUAGUUAUUGAAGGUCUAGGGUCCUUUAAAAGCUGUCAGUUAAUUUGAAAAUAAUUUCAGGAUAGUGGGGAUUCGAUCUCAAAUUAUAGACGGUGUCAAUUAUUUGGGAUGCUCUUUGAUCCUUGAAACAUCACGAAUUUCAAAAUUUGUGUGCGAAGUUUCAAACGUGGAAUUCGUAACUUGUAAUAUGGAUGAAAGUAAAAAAAAAUUACGAGAUUUUCGCCGAAAAUUUAAGAAACUCGCUUUAUACACAGAAAAAAACACAAUUAAAUGGGGAAUUGAGAAAUUUAUUGAAUGGUCCAAACUCGAAGAUUAUAUUUAUGCGGAUUUAUUGAAAAUGGGUGUGGAUUUCGAUUUUAAAUUGUAUAAUUUUGACGAGGAUGUGGAAAAUUCGAGAGAUUUUCAAAUUAUGUUGAAUAAUGGAAAGAUAUUUGGAAAUGAAAAGGUAAGCUUUUUUGAUUUUCCAGAGGUCAAAAAAUGGCCUCAAAAAUGCAGAAUAUCCUGGAAGCCAACUAUCUGAAAAAAAAAUGUUCUAUACUUUUUUCAGCUUCUCGCGGAUGUUCUAGAAUCUCCAAACUUUGAAAAACUCGAAAAUAUCGAAAGUAAACAAUUUGCGAUUUUUUAUGCUGCAAUUCAUCCGGAUCCUAUAAGUAUCACAGGUAAUUUUUUGUAAUUUUUUUAUUGUGAAAUUUUUCGCAUAACGAAUUUUCAGACGUCACAUUUGCCACACUUUUGGAUAUGGCGAAAAUAUUGGAACUCGAAAGUUUAUUCGAAAAAUGGAUAAUUUUGGGAUUCAAUUCGGAAAAUGUAAAUGUGAUGGAGAAGUUCAAAAUCGCUGAAAAAUAUGAGGAAAAUCGAUUUUUGGUGAGCAUUUUUUUCUUGUUUUCAAUCAUAAAAUAAUCAUUUUUUGCAGAAAAUGUGCCUCGAUUCUAUAAAAUCCAGCGAAACUGCUAAAGAAUUCUUGAGAAAUCCAGAAUACAAAAAUUUGAAAGAAAGUACGAGACAAUAUAUUUCUUUGAGUUUGAAUAAUAAAUUGUAUUAUUAGGCGGAUAAGCUUAUUUUGACCUUAUUUUGUCUGUAAAUAUUUUUACUUAUUUAUUUAAUUAUUUUGUUUUUGUUACUAAAAAUAAUCCCUUUUCUAAUGAAUAUUUUAAAGUAGAUCACGCGGGAAUUUUUACAUUAAAAACAUGUUAUCAAAAAAUCGAUUUUAGAAAUUAUCUCAUUCUUCACAUUUUUCUUCAAGAAUUGUGAAAUGAAUCCAAUAAUCAGCCAAGGAAAUUCGCACAAAUCCACUUUCACAAAUAUCACUAAUCUGAGCAAUGAACUAACCCAUGGAGAUGAUUUUGUCACAGACAACCUGACCUGGUAAGUAGAAUUAAGUUUAAAAAAAAUUAGAUUUUUGUUUUUUUUUAGGAAAUUAUCGAUUCGAAGUUCAAUUAUUGAAAAUAUCAAAUAUUUUGCAUGCUAUUUGGAAUUGUCCAAAAUUCCUCCAAAUUCAAAUUUUGUCUGUGAAGUUCGAGCAAAUUUCGCAAUUUGGAAGAAUGAUCGAAUUUUGGAAAAAGCAACAUUCCGAUCGCCAGUUGUUUACACGAAAAAAUGGAAAUCUUGGGGAUUUUUGGAUUUUAUUGAACACAAAAAAUUGAGAACCCCAAAAGAAAAGGAAUUUAUUGAAAACGUGGAAGAUUCGGUGGAAAUUUGUGUUAAAUUCGAUUACAAGUUUUAUAAAUUCGAUAAGGAUUUGGAAAAUUUGAGGGAUUUUCGAGUGAAAUUGAAGGCAGAUGAUAUUUUAUACGUUAAUAAGCAGGUAAUAUAAUUGGGAGGAUCUGAAUUCUGUUUUCGAAAUUUUUUAAAUCAAAAUUUAAUUUUUUUCAGUUUCUCUCAAUGUUUUCGAAACAACUUCUCGAAGAAUUUAAAAAUUCAUCAGUAUCCUUUAAUCUUGAAGAUGUAGAAGCUCAUGAAUUUGCUUUACUUUAUGCUUCAAUUCAUCCGGAUCCCAUUGAAAUAACUGGUAAUUUUGUUUUGUUUUCCCUCUAUUUUCUAGAAAAAAUUCUGAAUUUUCAGACAAGAACUUCUCAAUUCUUCUCGAUUUAUCAAACCGAUUCGAAAUCGAAGUUUUAUUCAAAAAAUGCAUGAAAGAAGGAUUGGAAUCGAAAUAUAUUCCAUUUAUUGAAAAAUUGAAAGGAGCCGAUAAAAUCGAGCCAAAAACUGAAAAUGAAUUAUUGAAAAACUGCAUGGAGAAAUUCAAAAACCAGGAGCAAUUUAAAAAAUUUUUCGAGACUCCAGAAUUUGAAAAUUUGAAGAAAACAACGCAAUUGAAGUUUCUGAAAGCGUUAGUUGAAAUUUUGUAA